CCGUAAAACAGUUUGUAGAAGCGCAAACGAUGCGGAAACAUGUUGUCUGGAGCUUAAUGCAACACAACACCGGCUGUCACGUAACAGCAAAACAGUCAAGGUUACCGAACCAGAGUUUCAGUUCACGAAUGGCUUGAUCACUCGCUGCAUUACAAGAUGCACAUCGUGGAUUUCUUAUCUGGAUCGGUUGCAGGGGCAUGUGGAGUCGCUGUGGGCUUCCCUCUGGACACCGUGAAGGUCAGAAUCCAAACUCAGAAGCAGUUCACUGGAGUGUAUCAGUGUGCAGUGGAGACAUUAUCAAAAGAAGGGGUGCAUGGCUUCUUCAAAGGCAUGUCUUUACCCCUGACCACAGUCUCUCUGACUUCCUCGGUGGUGUUUGGCACUUACAGAAACUGUCUGCAGUGUAUGAAGCAGGCAAGGGGAGCCGACUGGAGCCCAAACACAAAACUGGAAGUCUUCUUAGCUGGGAUGGCUGGAGGUGUAGCUCAGACGUCUGUGAUGUCUCCAGGUGACAUAGUGAAAGUUCGUCUGCAGUGUCAGACAGAGUCCAUGCGAGAAGGAGCCCGCACGCUCCGACCAAAGUACCACGGAGCGGUUCACUGUCUGCUGAGCAUUGUAAAAGAUGAGGGGUUUAGAGGGCUCUACAGAGGAGCUCUGCCACUCAUGCUGAGAGACGGCCCAUCAUAUGCCACCUACUUUUUGACUUAUGCAACCGUCUCGGAAUGGAUGUCAGGCGGCAGCAAUAAGAAAUUACACUGGAGUGGUGUGCUGCUGGCUGGUGGAGUAGCAGGAAUGGCAGGAUGGACUGUCGCAACACCCAUGGAUGUGAUAAAAGCCCGUCUGCAGAUGGACGGCGCGCAAGGGCCAAAGCAGUACAAGGGCUUUUUCCACUGCAUCGUGGAGACGGUGAGAGUGGAGGGAGCUGCAGUUUUCUUCAGGAGCUUGGGAAUCAACUGUCUGCGUGCAUUCCCAGUCAACAUGGUUGUGUUUCUCACAUAUGAGGUCCUCAGUGGUUUUCUUCGAACUGGACCGGAAAGUGUUGACUCGCCUAAUAUAGAUUGGGAAUAGGAAAGACUUCAUAUGUCCCAGUGCUGCAUAUGCAGGAUUCCAGGAGCGAUUGUUUCCACAGUGAUCACUGAGGCUGUUACACGUUAUACUUUCCAAAAACUUUGUCAGGUAAUAUGUAGCCGGGAAACUGCAUCAGUCAUUAGAACAGCUGGUAGCAGAUUGUACGUAUCUCCAUUUGACCACUAGAUGGCAUCCCUGACUUAAUUGUUACAACAUACUCUUCAUAAUCUGCUAUAAUUUGAGACUUUUUUUACUUCCUGCAGAACCAUUAUGGGUCCUGAAUCGGCUGCUGUAUGCACACUUUGGAGAGCACGGGUUGUCCGUCCCUAUGGAAAUAACAUACUUUACUUCCACUGCUUUUAGCAUACAAACAAUUACAAGUGACUCAAACAUAUUGCAAUACAGUCAAAACCAGCUGUAAUAGAUCAAACUAGUGCAAAUAAUCAUAUCCUGCAUUUGACAGAUGCUCUGGCUUUUUUAAGCCUUACAAGGAAAUAUGUUUAAUUAUUGGAUUUAAAUUAACUCGGUUAAACUGAUAUUUUUCACUGCUGGAGCAACACAAUGGAUUACAGAGGGAACCAGGGUUCUUUAAAUGCUGGAAAUAAGUAAUUGCAUUGUGUUAUUUAUUUUUAUAACAACAGUCAAUAUGUACAAUAAAGCUUGACAAUA